AUGAAAUUGCUAUCAAAAUUUGAAUCAUUAUCUCGUUCAAAACUUAACAAAAUUGCAAUAGUCUUGUCAAUUCUUACGAUUUUAUGGAAUUUAGCUGAAGGUGUAGUCUCGGUUUGUUUCGGUGCAGAAAAUGAAUCAGUUAGUUUGGUCUUUUUUGGUAUUGAUUCUUUCGUUGAAGUGACUUCUUCAUUUGCGGACGCAAUUGUUACUUUGGUGAGAAAUGGAAAACCUGAUACUACUAUAUCAGGUCUUAUCAUUUCAUCUGUUACAAUUUUUUUCAUGGCACUUCUUUGGCUCAUGAAAUUCUCAAUUGCUAAACUACUUAAUUCUUCGACAAUGAUGUCUGAUUCGAAGUGUACUUUAUCAUGUAUACAAAUUACUCUUGUUUUAUUUCUCAGUAGUCUGAUUUACUCUGUUUGGAAUGAUGGUUGGUGGAUAGAUUCUGUUGCUGCUUUAAUUUUAGGUUUAUUGUUUUCAAAAGAAGGUAUAGGAAUGAUUCUAUGGGCGAAGAGUAAAGAUUUCGAUGAAUGUAAAAUCACAAUAACAUCUGAAAAAAUUGUCGACAAUAACAAUAUAAAAGAGGAGGGUCAAUGA